UUUAUCUUACAAAAAAUAUCAAUGGAUCCAUCAGAGUUUCCAUUUGAUAUUGAAGUGUACAAAAAACAGUGUGAGCUUGAAGAGAGGUAUAUCGUACACCGGUUUAGAGAGCGCCAAAAAAAACCCGAGGAAGACCAUGCAUCUCGUAGCAAGAGAAAAUACUUCAAGAGAGAUCAUGUAGCAGCGAAUCAAAGGCUGAUUGAUGACUACUUUGCCGAUCAACCUACAUAUGAUGAGCAAAUGUUUCGUUGGCGAUUCCGGAUGCGAAAACAUGUUUUUCUUCGUAUUGUUGGAGACCUAUCAAGCAGUGACAACUAUUUCACCCAACGAGUUGACGCAGCAAAUAAGGAAGGUAUUUCUCCAUUAGCAAAAUGUACUACUGCCAUGCGAAUGUUAGCGUAUGGUGUUGCUGCCGAUGCGAUUGACGAAUAUAUCAAAAUAGGAGCUACUACAGCAUUGGAGUGCUUGCGUCGAUUUUGUAAAGGAAUCAUACGGUUGUACGAGCAAGAGUAUCUCAGAGCUCCAACUCAAGAUGACUUGCAAAAAAUUUUGCAUGUCAGUGAGAUGAGGGGGUUUCCAGGGAUGAUCGGGAGUAUCGAUUGCAUGCAUUGGGAAUGGAAAAACUAUCCAACAGCAUGGGAAGGUCAAUUUACUCGUGGAGAUAAGGGAACCACCACAGUUAUACUUGAAGCAGUUGCAUCUCAUGAUCUAUGGAUUUGGCAUGCAUUUUUUGGAUGUCCGGGAACAUUAAACGAUAUAAAUGUUCUAGAUCGUUCGCCGGUGUUUGAUGAUGUUGAACAAGCUAAUACUCCAAGAGUUAAUUUUUUUGUAAACCAACGUCCAUAUGAUAUGGCAUACUAUCUAGCUGUUGGUAUAUAUCCUUCUUAUCCAACUUUCGUCAAAUCAAUCAGACUUCCUCAAAGUGAACCAGACAAGUUAUUUGCAAAAUAUCAAGAAGGAUAUCGGAAGGACAUCGAGCGUGCAUUUGGAGUGUUACAGGCUCGAUUUAAAAUCAUUCGUGAACCAGCUCGCAUGUGGGAGAUAUCAGAUCUCGCUAUCAUCAUGCGGUCAUGUAUCAUAUUGCAUAAUAUGAUUGUUGAGGAUGAACGAGAUACAUAUGCUCAGAAUUGGACUGAUUAUGAUCAAUCAGAGGCAAGUGGUUCGAGUACACCACAACCAUUUUCUACAGAGGUGCUACCAGCAUAUGCAAAUCAUGUGCGUGCUAGAUCUGAAUUAUGUGAUUCUAAUAUACAUCAUGAAUUGCAAUCAGAUCUAAUCAAACACAUAUGGGCAAAAUUUGGAAUGCUUCAUGGUUAAAAUAAUUUAAAUUUUAUGUGUGUUUGAAAAGUUUUAUUGUUUGCGCUUUAAGAGUUUAUUGUACUAAUUAAGUUAUCUAUUUUUAUUUUGUGUGUGUUGUAUCAUGUAUGUUUAAAAUUUCUUAAUAAUAUGUGUUUGUAUCGUGUGUAUUUAAAGUUUCUUAAUUUUAAUUGUUUUAAUAAUAUUAAUUUUUGUAUUUUUGAAAAUAAAAUUAGGUAAAUAUCUAACUUAGAGAUGAAUAUAUUCUUAAUUUUAAUUAUUUUAUUAUUUAUUUUGUAUGAUUUAAAAGACAGCUAAAUAUAAUAAUUUAAAAUAAAUAUUACUAAAGGUUAUGUUAUUUUAGUUUUAAAUUAAUUAUUAAUAUGUAAUUAUUAUAUUGUAAGAAAAAUAAAAUAAUCUGAAUAAAAAGUUGUGGGGUAGGGUGUUGAUAAUUUUAAAACAAACCAUUGUAGAUGUUUAAAAUGAAGUGGGUGUUAAAUAAAUGAGGUGGAAGAAAGAGAAGAUGAUGUGAAAUGUUAAAAGGGGAAAAUAAGGGUGUUGAAAGUGAAGAGGGUGUUGAAACCAUUGUACAUGGUCUUAAUGGAAAGAAACUAUCCGACUGGUGACCAUUUCGAAAAUAAGAGGAACGAAUACGAAAAGAACGUAAAGGAAUAAAAUUGCAGGAACGAAAAUGAAUGGUUGUUCCAUUUCAAAUUUGACAAAGAAUAAAGAAUGGUGGGAAAUGAGAAGGAAAAAUUAUUCCUUAUGAAUGGUGAUUUCUUUUAGGAACAUUAUGAAAUGCAUUAUUCCUUGUCGUUACUUGGUCACCAUUCAUACUCAUAUGAUAUACAAUGGGCAUUUACAACAUGUUUUUAUAUGUGCAUUUUUGACUUUUUGUUCUUUCAAAUUUCAAGCAUGGAGCAUUUUUUUCUAGGUUACUCGGGUAACACAUGUCUAAGUGCCUACCAUUCCAUACAUUGUCGGCGAGGAUGGCGUUAACGGCGUCUGUAGGAUGAAACUGGUCCCACCAUAGAUAUCCCGCGGCGUCGGAGCAAGCCAUCUCAGGCGAGAUGCACGGAAGCUAUCCCUUGUACGGUUGUACCUCCCUAGCCCACAACAAGCCUCCGUCGUCUCUUUAAAACCUGACCACAAACACGCACACGACUAAGAUUAAACUACAUUUUGAGAAGCCUCUUUCACAUUUAGAGAGUUCCAACAUGAUCAGCAAGCUCCAUAUAGGCUACGGAUACUCCGUUCUAUAUAUAUGGAAGCUUCUCAAGUGGAUUAUAAUGAUAUUUUGUUAGCAAUCAAAGUUUUUUUCUGAAUUAAGAAUUGAGAUGGAAGUGUUGUCUUUGUUGCUUACCAUAGAGUUGGUGGUUCUUGAGGCUAUCCAUAGCGGUUUCAAACACGUCAUACGCCUCGAAGCUCAUGGUUAAGCUGAUCGACAGUGUAUCUAUCUAAUGACGAAGUUGGACUCAAUGAUCAUGCUGUUCACAUCUUCUGCUCACUCUCAAUUAUGGCUUAUGUAUUUCUGCAAGUAGUACGGUGCACAUUCAAUGGGUGGCAACCCCAUCACCACCAUCCUUCUCACUUUAACAUUGUACAAGGUCUGUGAAACAAACAUAAUACUUGUCUUAUUCGUGGUGAUCAAAUGAUGAUAUAAUACUCAAUGAUGAAGAAAACAUAUAUAGCUCAGUGAUAUUUAGGGGCAUCAAUAGGCAGCCUAAAGAGCUUUCAGAUAGCAUUCAGAGAUCCAAAAUAGAACAAGGGUUUAGGUUUGGUCUUUAUAUAUAGGCGACUUGUUGUGUAAUAAUCAGUAUAAAAGCAUUCAUUUUUUAUGCACUUGGAAUCAUACUUGUUUAUCCCUGUGUACUACUACUACCACCAAGAGCAGAUAUAUAAAAACAUAGAAAUGAGCUCUAACCUUGAGCUCCUGUUUCAUAUUAAAAGCCAAGAACUGAUUAAAAAGCCAGGGAGAGUAGAGAGUCUGGAGAUAUUUCUUAAAAUGGAUGUAAUCAUCAUUCACUCCAAUGGAUAAAUAGAAAACCGAUUUCAGAGACCAGACGAUUCGAAGCUUCCUCCCCAACGCUCAGUCUCAUCUGCUGGAACGUAUCAACAAACUGCUCAACCUAGCUACAUACUGCUCCUCCUCAGAUGGUACUCAGAAAAACGAACUAAAACAAGAGUCGUACCAGUUCAGAUCCACUAGACAAGAUGAUACCAGCACCAGCUGAUGCAAAGUGAUGAUCGGUGUGAUCGUCAUUCUCUAACGAGAGAGAGAGAGAGAGAGAGCGGGAAAACGCGAGUGGCUUUGCAAGCUUUACAGAGGUCCAAAAUGUUAUAAAUCAGCUUACAAAGUUGACAAACUGAACCGGCUAAACCGGAACGAAAAGUUUAAAUUCCGGUUAGAAAGAUCAAGUUUUGGUUUAACAUACAUUCCGGUUAGAAAUAUCAAGUUUUGGUCUCUCAAAUAUCUGAUCAUCUCUCUCCACCAUUGGUGGUGAAUCUCAUGAGCUUCUUUAAAAUUCCAUCAAGUUUUUUUUCAAUCUGUUUCAAUACAAUGAUUACAGAGUGAAAAGAACGAAGAGAAGUGGUUCUCUCGUCCUCUCUAAGUAGUCUCCUCUUGCAAAUGCAAAACAUUCACCAACACAGGAUGAGCAUCUUCUGCAACUUC